UACUUUAAUCCUGACGGCUGGCCGCCGCGAAUAUAUGCACGCGUUUGUUUUAAUACUCCUCACCGUUGUGUGCCCGCAUAGAUAAACUUAAUUGCAGUCUUCAUUUACACACCGCAAGAAAUGACCAGAAAGCGGCUUUAAUUGGAUUUAUGGGCUACAAACUGGCGGUGAGCAGAAUGGCCCGCAGCCUCUGAGCUGCACCGGCUUUCUGCAUGUGGAUAUGAAAUGACAGGCUACAGAUGGUCCUUAUUUUUUUCCCUUCUCUCUUUGGGGGCCAAAUUCAAAUCUGUGAUCCAUUACGCAUCACAGAUUUUGUGAGGAGUUGAUGGUGCGUUUUCUUCAGUGAUUUCGUGGCGUUAACCUGUGAAAAUGGACCCGGCAAAGAAAGAUGCCCUCCCUGGGGGCGAUGCAGGCAAAUCAGACACCCUCGGGUCAACUGGCUCGGUCAGGAAAAGAGGAGGGGGCGCCAAGAAGGCGAUGCAGGCAAACAAGUCUGCCCUCAGGGCCCCCCGAGCUCUUUGCUGCCUCACCCUUAGCAACCCCAUCCGGAUGGCUGCACUGGCCCUGGUGGAGUGGAAGCCCUUUGACAUUUUCAUUCUUCUUGCCAUUUUUGCCAACUGUGUGGCCAUGGGUGUCACCAAGCCGUUUCCAGAUGAUGAUUCCAACCCUACCAACCACAAACUAGAACAAGUUGAGUACGUCUUUCUCGUCAUCUUCACCAUUGAGACCUUCACUAAAAUUCUUGCCUACGGCUUAGUCAUGCACCCGAGCGCCUACAUACGCAGCGGAUGGAACUUGCUUGAUUUCAUUAUCGUCAUUGUUGGGUUGUUCAGUGUGAUGGCAGAAGCAAUGACAGAUCACAAGCCCGGUGAGGCCCACCAUGCUGCAGGAAAACCUGGAGGCCUGGAUGUCAAAGCUCUCCGAGCGUUCAGAGUGUUACGACCACUUCGACUUGUGUCUGGAGUGCCAAGUUUACAAAUUGUGUUGAACUCCAUCAUGAAAGCCAUGGUGCCCCUGCUCCACAUUGGUAUGCUGGUCAUGUUUGUCAUCAUAAUCUACGCCAUCAUCGGCUUGGAGCUUUUCAUCGGGAGGAUGCACAAGACGUGCUACCUUAUGAGCACAGGUCUCAUGGUGGAGGAUGACCCAACACCUUGUGCGUUUGCUGGGAACGGCCGCUUCUGUGUCACUAAUGGGACUGAGUGCAGGGGCAAGUGGGAGGGCCCCAACGGAGGGAUCACAAACUUUGACAAUAUCUUCUUUGCCAUGCUGACAGUUUUCCAGUGCAUCACUAUGGAGGGUUGGACAGAUGUACUCUACUGGAUGAAUGAUGCUAUUGGCUAUGAGAUCCCAUGGAUUUACUUUGUUUCUCUGGUCAUCUUUGGAUCAUUUUUCAUUAUCAACCUUGUAUUGGGUGUGUUGAGCGGAGAGUUCUCUAAAGAAAGAGAGAAGGCCGUCGCUCGUGGUGAGCUGCAGAAGGCGCAGGAGAGCAAGCAGAUGGAGGAGGACAUGAUAGGAUACAUGGAUUGGCUCAUAGAGGCCGAGGAUGUGGAUGAAGAAGGAAACAAACGUGCUGCAAUUGCAAAGAAAAAGAUGAUGAAGAAGUUUGGCUGGUAUAAGCACAGUGAGGAUGGAGGAGCAGAGUCAGACUCAGAUGAUGAUAUAGCAUACCUGGAUGAUGAUAGUGGCUUCUGUGCGUCUCUCAUGGCAAAGAUGAUGGCCAAUAGUUUCUGUGACCAGCUGUGCCAGCUGAAUCACACUCUCAGGAAGAACUGCCGCGUUGCAGUAAAGACCACUAACUUCUACUGGUUGGUGCUUCUGUUGGUGUUUCUCAACACUGUGGCCAGCGCUUCAGAGCAUUACGGGCAGCCGAAAUGGCUCACAGAAAUGCAAGAGCGAGCCAAUAAGAUCCUGCUGCUUCUCUUCACUCUGGAGAUGUUGAUGAAGAUGUACGCCUUUGGUCUGCAGAUCUACUUUAUGGCGCUGUUCAAUCGCUUUGAUUGCUUUGUUGUGUGUGGCGGUAUUCUCGAGACACUCCUCGUAGAAUUCGAAGUCAUCCCGCCCAUUGGCAUAUCGGUGCUACGCUGCAUCCGACUGCUCCGGAUAUUUAAGAUGACUCGGCACUGGGCUGCCUUGUCUGAUCUGGUCACUUCACUGCUCAACUCUAUGAAAGCUAUCUGCUCCCUUCUGCUUCUGCUCUUCCUCUUCCUCAUCAUCUUCGCCCUGCUGGGUAUGCAGUUGUUUGGAGGCAAAUUCAACUUUGAUGAGACUCAGAUGAAAAGAAGCACCUUUGACUCAUUCCCUCAGGCGCUGCUCACAUGUUUCCAGAUCCUCACUGGAGAGGACUGGAACGCUGUGAUGUACGAUGGCAUUAUGGCAUACGGAGGGCCAAUAUUCCCUAACAUGGUGGUGUGCAUUUACUUUGUCAUCCUCUUUGUCUGUGGUAACUACAUCCUGCUUAAUGUCUUCUUGGCUAUCGCUGUGGACAACUUGGCAGGAGGUGGUGGGAAGAAAAAAGUCGAAGAGAAAAAGGAAGAUGAAGAAGAGUGGGAUGAAGAUGAAGAGAAAGAGGAUGAAGAUCCCGAUUUCUCCGGACCCAAAGAAAAGAUUGUACCAAUACCCGAUGGAAGCUCCUUCUUCAUUCUCGGAAAGAAAAACUGUUUACGAGUCGCCUGCCACAACCUCAUCCAUCACCCCUACUUCACCAACUUCAUCCUCAUCUUCAUCAUCCUCAGUAGUAUUUCACUGGCUGCUGAGGAUCCCAUUAAAUCCCACUCAUUCAGGAACACUGUGCUGGGAUAUGCUGAUUAUGUAUUCACUUCAGUCUUCACUGUGGAGAUCGUACUCAAGAUGACUGUUUAUGGAGCUUUUCUGCACACUGGCUCCUUCUGUAGAAAUGCCUUCAACCUUCUUGACCUGCUGGUUGUCAGUGUGUCACUCACGUCCUUCUUUCUGCACUCAAGUGCCAUCUCUGUGGUGAAGAUUCUCCGAGUGCUUCGAGUGCUCAGGCCUCUUCGAGCCAUUAACAGAGCCAAGGGAUUAAAGAAUGUGGUGCAGUGCGUGUUUGUGGCGAUCCGCACCAUCGGUAACAUCUUAAUUGUCACAACCCUCCUCCAGUUCAUGUUUGCGUGUAUUGGAGUGCAGCUUUUCAAGGGCAGAUUCUACAGCUGCACUGACGAAGCCAGACACACUCCAGAUGAGUGCAAAGGCACAUUUGUGGUGUAUAAGGAUGGAGAUAUGAAUCACCCCAUGGUCAGGGAACGCAUCUGGGAGAACAGCGAUUUCAACUUUGAUAAUGUGCUAAUGGGAAUGUUGGCUUUAUUCACUGUGUCAACAUUUGAAGGUUGGCCGCAGCUUCUGUACCGGGCCGUCGAUGCCAACGCCAUAAAUCGAGGCCCCAUUUACAACUACAGAGUAGAAAUCUCCAUCUUUUUCAUCAUCUACAUCAUCAUCAUCGCCUUCUUCAUGAUGAACAUAUUUGUGGGUUUUGUCAUCAUUACAUUUCGAGAGCAAGGAGAGGCUGAGUUCAAAAACUGCGAACUCAAUAAAAAUCAGCGUCAGUGCGUGUAUUAUGCAUUGAAAGCUCAACCAAUUAAGAUUUACAUUCCCAAAAACCCAUCCCAGCUCAAAUUCUGGAAAAUCAUCAACUCCAGCCAGUUUGAGUACGUCAUGUUUGUACUGAUUCUGGGAAACACCCUUACUCUGGCUGUUCAGCAUUAUGAGCAGUCAAAACUAUUCACCUCCAUUAUGGACAUCCUCAACAUGAUCUUCACUGUGGUUUUCACUAUAGAGAUGAUUAUCAAGCUAAUGGCUCUGCGGGCACAUCACUAUUUCAUCGAUCCUUGGAAUUCAUUUGAUGCACUUAUCGUCGUGGGAAGUGUGUUGGACAUUGCAGUUUCUGAAUUCAGCGGCGGAGGCGGUCAUGGCGAGGGUCCCGGGAAAGGUGAAAGUGGAAAAGUGUCCAUCACAUUUUUCCGUCUUUUCCGAGUCUUGAGGUUGGUCAAACUCCUCAGUAAAGGAGAAGGCAUUCGGACUCUUCUCUGGACUUUUGUCAAGUCCCUCCAGGCUUUACCUUACGUCGGCCUCCUCAUUGCCAUGAUCUUCUUUAUCUAUGCUGUGAUCGGCAUGCAGAUGUUUGGGAAGGUGGCUGUUGAUGAGGACACACACAUCAACAGAAACUGCAACUUCCAGACUUUCUUUAUGGCUGUUCUGGUACUUUUUAGGUGUGCCACUGGAGAGCAGUGGCAAGAGAUCAUGUUGGCCGCUUUGCCUGGCAGACGCUGUGACCCAGAAGCUGACGUUGAACCUGGUGAAGAGUUCACCUGCGGUAACAACUUGGCCUACCUUUACUUCAUCAGCUUCUUCAUGCUAUGUGCUUACCUGAUUAUCAACUUGUUCAUUGCUGUCAUCAUGGACAACUUUGAAUACCUGACAAGAGACUGGACCGUACUCGGCACUCACCAUCUGGACGAGUUUAAGAGAGUUUGGUCUGACUAUGAUCCAGAGGCCACCGGUCGUAUAAAACACAUCGAUGUCGUCACUAUGCUGCGCAGGAUUCAGCCGCCUCUUGGUUUCGGAAAAUUAUGUCCUCAUCGUGUUGCUUGCAAAAGACUGGUUGCCAUGAAUGUUCCCCUGCAUCCUGAUGGCACAGUCACCUUCAACGCUACUCUGUUUGCUCUCGUGCGAACCUCACUGAAGAUUAAGACUGAAGGUCCCAUCGACAAGCAGAAUGAAGAGCUGAAGGUGAUUAUCAAGAAGCUCUGGAAGCGCACUAAACCCAAACUCAUUGAUGAAGUCAUUCCUCCCCCUAGAGGAGAUGAGGUGACUUGUGGAAAGGUUUAUGCCAGCUUCUUGAUUCAAGACUACUUUAAAAAAUUCCGGAAAAGAAAAGAAAGGGAGAGGAAAUCCAAAAGGAAGGACAAAGCAGCUUCUCUACAGCAAGGGCUGCGGACACUGCAGGAUCUGGCUCCAGAGAUGCGUCUGGCAAUGGCUUCUGAUCUGGAGGACGAGGAAGGUGGAGGCGAUGACAUAUUCGAGAGUGGGCCUGAAACGUCAGCAACCCCCACUCCCUCCAGCACACCGAUGCCGCCUCUGGACACGCUGGUAGAGCAGACGACUGUGAUCAUGGAACCAGAGCCCAAGAUCUCCAACGGAGGUGUGAUCACAGAGCAGGUGACGGGCUUGAAGGAACACCAGAGGCCGGGAUCAGAGCUGGCAGGUGUCAGCGUGGUAACAGAGCAGCCUGUGAGGUCAGAACACCUCCCAGUGAGGGCGGACUCCAUCAGUGAAUCGCCUCUUCCUCCUCCACCUCCACCUGAGAUUUUAGUUGAAGAAGUCAAAGCUACAGAGGAAGUAUCCGAGCAGGUGUACUUGAGUGAAGGAGAUGCUGCAAGUCUGGCAUCAGUAGACCGGUAUAUGUAUCCAGAGGCUGUUUCCCCAGUACCAACUGAUGCAGGCUACAAUGGCCAGAGUCUGGAAAGAGGCAGCAGCCUUGGCGAAAUACCGUAUGACUCUAAUGGUACCAGUGGCUUCGUCAGCAAUGAUUACACUGACAUCAACAUGAAUGGAGGGAGUGCUGCCACGAGUCCCACUCCCUACACCACAAAUGAAUAUAAUGAGAAUGGAUAUCCAAGAUACAGUGAGAAUGGAAACGGCGUCAUGACCGCCAACGGGAACGGAAGCACAAUGAGCGGCGGCCAUGAAAACGGCAGCAGCAUCGAUUACACUGGAAACGGCUACACUACCAAUGAGAACAGCGGUGCCCAGUUUGUUAGGAGAAGGUUACUUCCUGCUAUUCCAAAAGGUCAUAAACCCGCCUUUAAUUUCCAGUGUCUGAGACCACAGAGCAGCGUAGAUAACCUCCCCAUCCCAGGAAUGUAUCAAGGCCACACAUCUCCAACUAGAUCACGUUUGCAGAACCAGCACAGCCUGGAGUCCCGGCCCAGCAGUGUGUCCUCCAUGUCGUCCACCUCCUGGGCGAACACGGCAGCAGCUGGUGCCACUCCUGUUCCAGGGAUAAUUGCCCCAUCGGCACGCAAGGGCAAGCUCAUCUACACUCCUAUGAUCUUGAUGGAUGAAGCCACAGGUAGCAGUCAACCGCUGUGGAAUGACGGUUCUGCCAGCCUUCCUGCAGGAAGGCGCCCCGGCUGGAACCCCGGUCAAACCAGGACGUUCACCAGUGUAAGAAUGCCACCCCCUGUGAACCAGGGCUUCAUAAGCAAAGGCAGUGCGGACAGUCUGGUGGAGUCGAUCUUGAUCUCUGAGGGUCUCGGUGUCUAUGCAAGGGACCCGAAGUUUGUGAACUUUGCUAAGCGGGAGAUUGCUGAAGCUUGCCGCAUGAGCCUGGAUGAAAUGGAGAACGCAGCUGCUGACUUGAUAGCGCGUGGAGCCACUCAGUCGAUUUCUCGAUUUGAGGAAGAGCUGGCUGAUGAAAUGAACUGUGUGAUUUCUUACUGAGAUCAGUUGAACUGUAAGAGAAAUGUGUGAGAAACUGAGAUGUGAAGUUUGUUUUUUCUUAAAAAAAAAAAAAGGGAGAAGAAAAUCUUUUGUGUGUGUGUGUGUUUAAAUCUCUCUUGAAAACAAAAAGAAACAUCCCACAUAUGAGAUUUCUAUCAUGUUGGGUAUGAUGUGCUUUUGUUUGUGAAUGCCAAAAACACACUUUGAUUUUAAGUGUACGUGUCAAUUUGUGACAAAAAUUUUGAUUGCAGCAGAAGAGUCAGCAGGACGCAAGUUCAUUUUCUGCAUUGUGCUCUCGUUUUGUACCCUACUUGAACUGUGGUCACCUUAUACACGUGUGUUCAGCUACAAUCAGGGAAACUAGACUCUGAAAUAAGAAUGUUUUAAAUCUACACAUGUAGAUCAAAUACUUUUCUUUACUCUUGAUACAACUGAGUAAGACUGUGAGUUUCCAACAGCAUUAGCUUCUUUAGAGAAAUAUUUAAAUAUAAUGAAUAUCCUCUAAGAUGCACGAUGCAAACUUGUGGCGGAAAUGUCCAAAUUAUGUUUUGGAUUCAUUGUGACUGAACGGUUGCGUGGCUAUCCACUGUGCACAAAUAAAAUAAAAUGUUUU